UUCCGGCUCGGUUUUGCCUUCCAGCGGAGCCUGUCGGCUUCCAGCGCCGAGCAGCACGUGAAGCUGGAGGACGUUCUCCCCCUGGCCUUCACCCGCCUCUGCGAGCCCAAGGAGGCCUCCUACAGCCUGAUCAAAAAAUACGUCUCCCAAUAUUACCCCAAGCUGAAGGUGGACAUCCGGCCCCAGCUGCUGAAGAACGCCCUGCAGCGGGCGGUGGAGAAGGGACAGCUGGAGCAGAUCACAGGGAAGGGGGCUUCGGGUACCUUCCAGCUGAAGAAGUCGGGGGAGAAGCCACUGCUGGGCGGAAGCCUGAUGGAGGAUGCCAUCCUCUCCGCCAUCGCAGCCAUGAACGAGCCCAAGACCUGCUCCACCACCGCUCUCAAGAAAUACGUCCUGGAGAAGCACCCUGGCACAAACUCCAGCCUCCAGGUCCACCUCCUGAAGAGGACUCUGCAGAAGUGCGAGAAAUACGGCUGGAUGGAGCAGAUCUCCGGCAAGGGCUUCAGCGGCACCUUCCAGCUGUGUUUCCCCUACUAUCCAAGCCCCGGCAUUCUGUUCCCCGAGAAACAGAAGGAGGACAAGGAGGAAGAGGAGGACGAGGAGGAUGAAGACUCAGAGGAGGAGGAGGAUGAGACAGAGGAGGAGGAAGAGGAGGAGGAGCCGCCUCCAAAGAAGAGGAUGCCAAAGCGACCCCCGCCCAAAGCCCGGAACAGGGCCCCACCCCUAGUGAAGCGACGGGAGGCCAAGCCCGCCGCCCGGAAGGCCCCCCUGGCGCACCGUGGAAAAGCGAAGCCCCCGCCGCCGCCGCCCCCUCCGCCCCCGCCCCCUAAGGCCAAGAAAGGCAAGGGCGUGCCUGCCCCCCGGCCGGCGGUCAAGAGCCUCUCCAGCACCACCACCAGCCCGCCAGCUGCCAAGAAGAAGCCGGCGGCGUUGGCCACGGCCGCUGCGUCAGCGAGCGUCAAGCGGGACCGGAAGCCCCCCGGCAAGAGAAGCAAGACCACCAUGCGGAAGUCGCUGAGAGCAAAGAAGUAGCCGGCGGGUGGCUGGGCAGGCAAGCCGCUCCCCCCUCCCCUCUUUUAUAAGUAGAGCCCACCCCACCCCCA